UAGGGGACGCUCCGCUAGUGUUUACAGGGUGAGGGGGCGAGCAAAUAGCACGGUCACUAUGGGGUUCGGGUUAUGGCCUGUUUUAUUAUAGAUCCAUGGCUGUAGACUUAAUCGCUCUCACACCUUAUUUUAAUAAAUCCAUGCUUUGGGCGCACAAAUGCUCGAAUCUGAUUGGUCUUUCUCUCAUAGACUUUGGUGUCGGUGGGCUUUUUCCAGAUCGCCCCAAGCCAUACAGUGGCGUACUUUAAAAUGCAUUGAGAAAGCAACAGAUUAAAUAUAUAUUUUCUUGUGAUUUAUGUUAUUUAUAGUCAACAUUUAAGAAUAAUAUUACCGAACUAUCUCAAAUUUUAAUGUUCAGUAGUUUAAUACAUUUGCAUGACUGACUGUAGGGCGCGCUUCAUCGCCCAUUACGGAGCCGCCACUAGGAAAUGGCAAGGCAGGAUGGUGCGUGCAGGGGCAAUUGACGCAUGUAGGUUAUCUCGUUCAAUGAAUUUAAAACAUCUGCACAAAGUACUGCAGUAAAGCAACCUAUCGUCUGAAGGAGCCCAGGUCCAGGAAGACUUAAUUUAUUAUUUAAAAUUUCCUUUUUUAAAAUGUGUUUUUAAAAAAUCAUAUCAGAUCUGAGGAAAUACUCAAAAACUGCAGUGUUAGAAAUGUCCAGUAGAGGGUGGUGUAGAAGCAUCCCAAGUCACUUCCGGAAACAAAGAACGGUCGCAGCCAAUCAGAGCACAGUUCUUUUUCAAACGAGAACCGAGAAGUUCCUGCUUCUUGUUAGAGUAAAAACACCAAACUGGGCCCGUGAAACCAUUUUGAUGUGGAUUUGCGCGUUGGGAAACCAUACAGGAGCUAAUAUAUUUAUUUAAAAAUCCCUUUGCCUCUUGUCGAGAGCAGUUUGAUGGGAACCCAGGAGGUUCAGAGAGACUGCGUCGAUGUGGCAAAUGAUCUCCUCAACAAAUGUCACCUGAACCUGAGGCUGAGAAAACUGACAGACUGUGAUGCAAAUGUUUUUAUCUCUCUGUAUGAGAGCAUCUUGGGAGAGAAAGUUCCAGAUUAUAUUGCAGAUCCUCGCUGCCAAGAGGAUGACAUUCAUAAUGUUCAGUCUGUGAUCGACUCUUUGUCCUUGGAUUACCUACAAAUCAGCCUUUCACACAUUACAGGAGAAAAUGUUGUUAGAGGCCACAAAGAAUCUAUAAAAAAUCUCUUGGAAAUAUUUGAUGGUCUGCUGGAGUACCUGAAUGAGGACACCAGUGAAGAGUCACAAAACAGUGAGCCCAACAAUAGUCCAAAUGAGGACAUUCAGGGCGAAGAGAAGGAGCCUGAGCCGGAGGGAGCCUCUGUGUCCUCCAGUGCAGAGUCUGGGGCCCAAAGCAGUCUCCACUUGCAUCAUUCCCCAAACCCUGAAGACGUGGCCACAAAUGAUAAUGUUCACACCUCAGCAGAGCCUCCUUCCUCAUGCUCACCUAUUCCUCCACAAUCAGAAGCCAUCCCCUCAGCCGUGCCCCUCAGACCUCCAAGCCAGAGCCACACCCCUCACCCCGAGUCUACCAGUCUCCCGACGUCUGCUCCCUCAGAGGAGGGAGCAGACCAAACCACUGCACAGCUUCCAGAGAUAGUACCUGACAGGAGAUUGGACCCUCCUUCUCCAACCCAUUCACCUGCUUUAAGUGAAAGAUCUUUAUCUCGCCAAAACAGUAACACAGACUUGGACAAACAAACACUUGAGCUCACAAACGGGGGCCCCAGGAAAGUUUUAUUUCGCACCCAGCCAGAUGUCCUCUUGCUUACUUUACAGGAUGAGACAGGAGUCACUGACUCUUCCCCCUCAGACACAGAGAAGGACCCUGUUUACUACCAACAAAUACAGGACAGGCGCACUGGUUACAGACGGAGAGCAAAACAAGAAGAGGAGGAUGUACAGCCUUUGUCCUCUCGCAGGCAAAGAAACAAGAAAACAGAAGAGGAACUGCAUAACAUUUCUGAGAAUCUUUCCCAUCGUCUUGAAGAACUUGAUCAGAUGCUGAAGCGUGUCCUCUGUGAACCUGGGGAGUCAAGUGAGGUCAGAACGGAGAGGACCUUGACAUCUCGGCAACACUCAGAUUUACCUGACCCAGAGCCGGAGUGCAGUCAGAGGGCCUACUCCCCUUCUCCACUGCGACCACCUCAAAGGGAGUUUGUGGAGGACUCAUUUUUUGUUGAUGAUGGACGACAAAGCAAUCUCACAAUGCCAGACCAAUCAGAACGCGGGAGACCAACUCACAGACUGUCCCAGAGGAAAUUAUGCAAGUACCUGGUGGACAAGAUGUACCAAGAAGAAUUGAAAACGUAUGAAGAUAAAGAGAGGGCGGAGCUUGACAGGGCGCGCCUCCGAGCUCUGGAAGCUGAGCGGGAGUACAGGGAGACUAUCCUGAAGGAUGCCUCCAAAGUCCACAAACAAACUCCAACGAAACUGAAACCUCAGCACAGAUCACAUCGAAAAACUGCUCCAUCCUCAAGCCGAAAGCUGCACGACAUGCCCCGGAAAGCUCAAUCAUUGAAAGUGAAGGACAAUGAUUUGCUGCCAGUGCUCGCUGAGGAGUUGCCCCAUCUUCACAUCUCCUCACGUGUCCUGGGGCAAAUGUGGGAGGAGCAGAUGCAGCAGGUGGACAGACUUCACGCCAUGUCGUCGACGAGGAAUCAGCGGCGCAACAAAUUGUCUGACCAGUUGGAAGAAGCGCACAGAAGGCACGACCUUUUGGUGGAGAUAAACCGCAAGGAACAGGAGCACAGCAGGAGACUGAGAGAAUUUAAAGAGCGAAUCCAGCAGCAGAAGUCAACUCAGAGCAAACUUAGAGAACAGAGGCAGCAGAUCGCACGGGCCAAGAAAUACCACAACGAAUACCACGUCCAGCACCGUGCACGUCUGAUGAGGGCGCGCACCAAAGAGGAGCGGAUGUUUCGGCAGCUUUUUGAGGAGGGUUUGUCGAUACAGAAAGAUCGUUUGAUAGAGCAGAGAGCGUAUGCCCGAGAGCAGCGUCUGGAGAACCAAAGGAGGCAAGAAGACUUCAUCAAAUCCAUGGAAAACUACUACAAAGACCAAUUUUCAUUACUGGCUGAAAAACUUGCUCAAGAGAGACAAGAUAUCCAGAUUAGGAAAAAAGCGCAAGAAAAGGCUCUAAUGAAGAUGAAGCGGGAGUUGCGUUGUCGAAUGGAGCGAGAAAUCCGAGAGCUGCAGAGGAUCAUCAUAGAAAACGAUGAGGACGAGCACUUCCAGGAUUUGGACGUCCAGAGACUACGAAACCGGAUGCACUUGGCGUCUUUCAGCUACAACACUAGUUACUUGCCCUAGUGCCCAACCCAGGACAGUUCAAACUAAUGCCAUGGACCUCAGAGCAGGCACUGGUCACUCACAUAGGUACAACGUAAGGACACCACCUCUCGGCUUCUUCGGGCGCAUUUGCACAGAAAAUCAUGCAGUACUUGGUUACUGUCAGAGUAAAUUUAAUCUGGACCUACUAAAAUAAACUAAAGACAUUAUAUGUAAACAUCCUUCUUCUUGAGCUGCUAACUCUUCAUGUAUUUUAUUGAUUUUAAUAUUCCCUGCACCCUAAAUGUGCAGUUACUGUAGCAAAAAAAAAUACAGAAAAUGUUCUUCCUUUGCCAAAUAGGGACCAGCAAUACAAAGUGAUAUAAAUGACAGGAUCUUAACAUGUCUUCCUUCAUUGCCUAAACCAUGAUUAAUCCACUUGAAUUAUUUAUUUUUUAACAUUGACAUGGUUUGAUUUUAAAAUGUUUGGAAUGUGUGCUUUAUAAUCAACAGAGAGAAUGAUGAUUGGAUUUUUAUUUGUGAUUUUUAAUCUUAGACCUGAUAGUUUUGGACCAAAAUUCAGCGCAAUGUAAAAAAAAUAAUAAUAUUGUUAAUGUGCAUUACAAGCACACACAAAGCUGCAAACAAAUAAAUGUCUGCACUCUUA